AUGGUUGUUCUCAGGGAAUGUCUCAAAUGCACUGCCUUUAGAUGGUCGGGCAACUAUUUUGCGCAAAUCAGGGGUCUUGCUAUGGGACAACGGUUGGCGCCAACGCUCGCCACUGCUUUCAUGGCUAAAAUUGAGGCACCGAUUUGGGAAACACGACCUUUGCUUUAUUGCCGAUAUAUCGACGACUGUUUCCUUGUCUGUUCGUCUCAAGCAGAGAUGAACAACUAUUUCAAGAUUUUAAAUGAGCAGUCGGAGUAUAUAAAGUUCACUCUGGAGAAGCCCAAAGGAGAAUGGUUACCCUUUCUCAACGUCUAA